AUGCCUCGACUUCAAGAAGAGGGAAGCGGUCCAGUUCAUGGCUUCUGGAUGUCGACAGUGGGUUCAGCCCGACCGACAGAAACUGGUACAGUUCACCAACCCACCGGUUUAGACCUAGCCAUGAAACUCCACUACAUAAAGUCGGUUUAUAUUUACUCAGCCGAGACGACACGUGAUUUAACCGUGAUGCACGUGAAAGAGACCUUUUUCACAGUACUCGACCAAAUCUCAUGGAUCACUGGCAGGUUAAGGCGGCGUGACUCGGGACGUCCGUUCAUAAAGUGUAACGACUGUGGCACGCGUGUCGUUGAAAGUCAGUGCGAUCUCACAGUGGAUGAGUGGCUAUGUGCACCGGACCGGUCCGUUGAUGAGUCUUUGGUUUAUCAUCAACCAAUUGGACCGGAGUUGGCAUACUCUCCUUUGAUAUAUAUUCAGAUGACCCGGUUUAAGUGCGGUGGAUUAGCUAUUGGCUUUAGCUGGGCACAUAUCAUUGGAGACCCACACUCUCUUUCUCACUUUUUCAACUUAUGGACUCGGGCCUUAGCUGGUGAACAGAUCUACUUCCCGAAAACCUCUGACCUGGAAAGAUGUUUCCAAAACCCGAAUUCUACGGGCAAAGAACCGGUUUCCAUCAAACGGGUUGACCCGGUUGGAGACCUCUGGGUCGCUCCGAGUAAUAGCAAAAUGACAACAUACUCCUUCAAUGUAUUAACGGUCACGAAUAUAAAAACAAACUUUCCGGCAAACGGAAAUGUGUUCGAGAUUCUCAGUGGGAUUAUAUGGAAAUGCAUAGCGAAGUCGAGGGGAGAACCUGAGCCGGUUACGAUCACGAUCAUCAGAUCGGAUCCGAACGGACUAAAACCUAGAGUGGUGAGAAACAGUCAGAUGAUUAGCUCCGUUCACGUCGACUUUUCGGUGGCGGAAGCGAAGUUGGAGGAGAUCGUGAAAGCAAUCGGAAAAGCAACCGAUGAAAGGUCUGAGAUCAAUAAGAUUGGAGAGAGUGAUGAUGGUGCUUUGGAUUUCGUCGUCUACGGUGCGAAACUGACGUUUGUGGAUAUGAGCGAAGUUGGUUUCUACGACGCGAAAGUGAAGGAUACGUCGCCAAGGUCGGUUUAUUGUAAUGUUCAGGGGAUAGGGGAUGAUGGAGAGGUGGUGGUUUUGCCGGCGGCUGUGGAGGAGGAGAUGGUUGUGACUGUGACGUUGCCGGAGGAUGAGAUUGAGAAGGUUAAAUGGGAACUCAAGAAGUGUGGUUUAAUCAAGGCCUUAAUUAACGGAGAAUGAAAGCGAUAUGUUAUCUGCCGUUGAUGUAUCGUUUGUUUCUUUUGUUUUUAAGCGUUUCAUGUUUGUUUAUUUGAAACGUUGUAUUUUCUUUGUCGUGCUUUUCAUUACCAAGAAGGUGAGUUUGUGUG